AUGAUCUGCAGUGGCAAUGAUUGUUCAAAACCAAAUUUUCUGCAACAGCUCAAUACUGUCAAGCUCAAUAAUUCUUUCCUCGAGCGCUUCCUCAAUGACAUUCUCUUCUGGGAACAAGAAACCACUGAUUUGUGGGCUCAUCCAUAUGGUUCCAAGAAGCGUCGAAAAAAAGCAGGCGAAAAAGUACUAGGCGAAAAAAGCAAUGGCACCCACAGCCGCCAAACUACCCGUGACGAUGAAAUUGACGAAAUUACGAUAAAUGCUCUUUCGAAUUCGAAUUGGAAGACAGCCAAUGACCCACGAACCGGGAGACCUUACUAUUAUCACUCAAAAACAAGAGUAACUCAAUGGCAGAAACCAGCGGAGGUUAAGGCACUGGAAAAGAAGAUUCGACAAGAAAAGAAGAGACAAGACGCCAAAUUCUUUCGAGAGAUGGAGCAGAACCUUCAUAAAAGUAUUGGUCGAGGAGAGCUGAUUCCUGGUAUUGGCCGCGAAGAGAUAACGAACCAAAGUCCACCGCUAAAGGGCAAAGAAACCUCGCCACAGCGAAAACAUGUGCGUACGAUAUCCAGAAUGGACGCGAACAUUAGUUUCGAAGAGCUUGGAGAUGAUCGAGGGGCAUCUCGUAUCGUCCCAAAAGCAAGCAGACAUACCGGACCGCUACACCAACAAACGUUAUCGGCAAGGCAACUUCCAUGGCCAGAUCACCCAGGAAAGCCCCCGCUCCCGAAGAUGCCAACAGUAGCGAGGACGAAUUCUAUGGAACUAUCGCCCGAAGAAGAAAAAAGAGAACACAAAAUUGUUACACGGGUGGAUUCUGGAGUGUCACUUGCCGGUGAAAGCUUGCUUGACGCUCCGCUACAAAGCACAUACGAUGUGUCAGAGCUAAACAUGCCUCCGAACAUGCGAUCACAAGCACAAACGCAUGCACGAAGGAACACAGGAGGCACCAUAUUUUUGGAAAACACCAUGACCAGACCAGACAUUCAUGCAACUAUCAAAUGCGUCUGCGGCGUCUACAGACGCCACAUUUUACAGGGAGUCGAACAGCAGAUAACUGGUAAGAAAGGACAGUACGAAUCACGACAUAAUAUGGAUAUGUUUUUGGACUAUCGAACUCCUUCUCCCAGGCAACCAGAACAACGAAUGAAAGUUCCGACCCUCUCUGAGGUGCUUGCGUUCUACAAGGAAUUCUUUGUGCGAUCCAAGAUGGAGCACGAUACAAUUAUCAUGAGUCUGAUAUAUGUCGAACGGCUUGUCAAAACAACUGAUGGGCAGCUGAAUCCAAACCCAGAUAAUUGGCGGUCAAUUCUAUUUGCUUGUAUGGUACUAGCGAGCAAAGUAUGGGACGAUCUGAGCAUGUGGAAUGUCGACUUCUCGAACGUCAGCACGAACACAGAUGGUCUCUUUUCAUUCAGUCUUCGCAGGAUCAACGAACUGGAACUACAUUUGCUUAAGAGUCUCAAAUUUGAUGUCCGAGUUGGAGCCUCCGAGUAUGCCAAGUAUUAUUUUUUGAUUCGCUCCAUGCUCAUUCGAAGUGGUUUGGUUCAGGAGAGCGAGCGCCCUUUGAGAAAGACAGAAGCAUUCCAAAAGCUAGAGGCCAAAACCAACACGUAUCAAGUAAAUCAGCUUAAUGCGGUUGGUCAGAAGGACCGAAGAUCUAAAAGUAUGGACGAUAGCUUUUGGCGGUCGAUCGCAACGAAUGCGCAAAGUGGAGGUCCUGUUUUCAGUGACUCGGUUUGUUUGGAGCAGAUUAUAGCUUCUAAUCGCUAG